GGCUCUGCUCCAAGGGAAAGCUUUUGCUCCCGAGCCCUGGACUUUCACCUGGACUGUGCCCGGGCCCAGCACUCUCCUCACCUGAACUCCUGGAAGAGCCGCAGAGACAGGCAACGGAGUGCAGGGAAGGCAGGGAGUGCCGAGCAUGGAUGCCCUGAGCUCCGUGGCCUCCCACCCCGUCUGGUUUGCCUGCGCCUUGGCCCUGUCCACGGCGCUCUGGGUGCGCAAGAAGAGGAGGUGGGCUCCGGGUACCUGCCCCGUGGAUCUGAGCGGCAAGACGGCCAUCGUCACCGGGGCCAACAGCGGGAUCGGGAAGUACGUGGCCCUGGACCUGGCACGCAGGAACGCACACACCGUCCUGGCCUGCCGCAGCUUGGAGCGGGGCCGAGCCGCCUUGGAGGAGAUCCGCCGGGCCACAGGGAACCCCCGGGUGGAGCUGCGCCUGCUGGACACCAGCUCCAUGGCCUCGGUGCGGGACUUCGCCCAGAAGUUCUUGGAGAAGAACAAGCGGCUGGACAUCCUGGUCAACAACGCCGGAGCCUCAGGUUUGCCGCAUACCAUCACCGUCGAGGGCUUGGAGCUGUCCUUCGCCACCAACGUUCUUGGCCCCUUCCUUCUCACCAACCUUUUGCUAGAUGCAUUGAAGGCCUCGGCCCCUGCACGCAUCGUCAAUGUAUCAUCCUCCAUGCAUUACUGGGGCUCUGUGGAUGUCAGGUGCCUUACUGGAGAGGAGCGGAUGAAGAGCAGCAGCCAGGUCUACAACAGCACCAAGCUCAUGAACGUGAUCUUCACAACCGAGCUGCACCGGAGGCUGAGAGGGACAGUGUCGGUCAAUGCGCUCCAUCCCGGCAUCGUUAAGACGGAGAUCAUGCGCUACUACAGCUGGUGGGCCCGCCUGCUCUUCAACAUGUGUUCUUUUUUUCUCAAGACACCAAAAGAAGGAGCGACCAGCACCAUCUACUGUGCCGUCUCCCAGCAAGUGGAGGGCAUUUCUGGGAAGUACUUUGACAGCGACUGCAGCCUGGCCGUGCCCUUGCCCUUGGCGGAGGACCCGGCCAUCGGGCAGAAGUUCUGGGAGGCUGCAGAGAGGCUGACGGGCCUGGGAGGGGGCGGGGAGAAGCUUGGGGGGAAUAAGUGAUCACCCCAAUAUCACAAAACUCUGGAAAGCCAGCAGGCUGCUCCAAGGUCUGCCAUGAGUUGCCAUUCUGCCCCAUGAAGGAGAGGCAGCAUCGUGCCCCUUGGAUCCACUGGGUGGGUUUGUUUUCUGUGUCUCCAUGUCCAUGUACGCCACCCUAAGGCAAAUCUAUCAAGGGGUUUCUUGCCACGAAUGGCACCCAGCCAGCGCUCAAGAACAGAGCCUGCUUGUUGAAAAGGCAGCAUUUCAUGUCUUAUUAUAGGCAACACACAGACUCCGUAUCCCGAAAUAUUUCUUUCUUUGUUGCUUAGACAAGCCCUUCGACAAGUCAAGCCAAACACAGAGACAAGGCUGAUACAAAAAGACUUUAUUCAAGAAUACAUAAAAGUUUUUUACAAAAAUAUAUUCAUAUAAAUUUUA